CGAUGCCGUUUCCCGAUCCUAACUCCGUCCUCUAAGCAUCACCACUACAUAUAAAUUUACCAAGUAUCAAAGAGUUAUAUCAAUUUCGUAAACCGGGAGCCAUAUUCACCUUAUCACUUCGGUCGUGCAUUUUCAGACUCAUCAUGUCAGCUCACGAUUCUUCCUUGCGUGAAACUAACUGGCCCACUCUGGCUAGCUACGUCUCUACGCAUAACGAUACUUAUCCUUUCAUUGAUCCAGGCGAAGCCGACCUGACAGGCAAAUCAGUCUUAAUCACUGGCGCAUCCAAAGGAAUUGGGAGGGCGACGGCAAUUCGUUUUGCCAUGGCAGGCUGCUCGAAAAUUAUUCUCGCCGCUCGCUCUGACAUGGCCGAUGUUGAAGCGGCUGUCAAAGAUGCCGCCAAGAAGGCAAGUCGGCCCCAGCCACUCAUUCGUUCUAUCAAACUGGAUAUCACGUCAGAAGAGUCGGUGAAAGCGACCGCAGAGACCGCCAAAGAUAUACUCGGCGGCAGCCUAGACAUCUUGAUCAACAAUGCUGGUUGUCUAGAGGAGUGGAAGCCCAUCACUGAGUCUGACCCAUCUGAAUGGUGGUGGACUUGGGAGGUCACCAUGAAGGGCACCUAUCUCUCCGCUCGCUAUUUCAUCCCAAUACUGCUCAAGUCAUCCACCAAAACGAUCAUCAAUAUCAGCAGUGUUGGUGCCCAAAUUAUCGUUCCCGGAGCAUCAGCGUACCAGACCAGCAAGUUCGCUCUCUGCCGCUUUACCGAGUUCAUAGACAAGGAAUAUUACGAGCAGGGAUUAAUCUCCAUAUUAAUUCAUCCGGGUGGGAUCAAGACCGAGCUAGCUUUGAACAUGCCCCCAGCGAUGCAUUCUCAUUUGAAUGAUACCGUAGAAUUGGCUGCUGAUACAAUGGUCUGGUUAUCUCGUGAGAGGCGAGACUGGCUGUCGGGCAGAUUCAUCACUGUGAACUGGGAUAUGGAGGAAUUGGAAAACAAGAGGCAGGAAAUCCUUCGAGGAAACUUGCUCAAGUUUCGUAUGACGAUCUGAGUCAACGGCGCAAUUUGAGAGAAAUUGAUGUUCGUUUCUAUGUCUCAUGAUGACCUCACUAGAUUUGUUCUGAGUACUGUGCAAUGGUCAGUUCGUGGGCACCGGAUUUAAUUUUGGUCUUGCGAGUGUGAUAACGGAUCUCAACAUGGGAAUAGCAACUGAUUUUCUG